AUGCUUUCUGAGAACACAACUAUUCUGAUGGCCAGUGGUGAAAUUAAAGACAUCGCAAACGUCACGGCCAACUCUUACGUUAUGUGCGCAGAUGGCUCUGCCGCCCGCGUUGUAAAUGUCACACAGGGCUAUCAGAAAAUUUAUAAUAUUCAGCAAAAAACCAAGCACAGAGCUUUUGAAGGUGAACCUGGUAGGUUAGACCCUAGGCGUAGAACAGUUUAUCAGCGUCUUGCCUUACAAUGUACCGCAGGCCAUAAAUUGUCAGUCAGGGUCCCUACUAAACCAUUGUUGGAAAAAAGUGGCAGGAAUGCCACCAAAUAUAAAGUGAGAUGGAGGAAUCUGCAGCAAUGUCAGACACUCGAUGGAAGAAUAAUAACAAUUCCAAAAAAUCAUCAUAAGACAUUUCCGAUGACCGUGGAGGGUGAAUAUGCCGCGAAACGGUUCAUAGAAGAAAUGGAACGCUCAAAAGGAGAAUAUUUCAACUUUGACAUUGAAGUCAGAGACUUAGAUUAUCUUGAUGCUCAAUUGAGAAUCUCUAGUUGCAUACGUUUUGGGCCAGUGCUUACAGGAAAUGGUGUUUUAUCUAAAUUUCUCACCGGACGUAGCGACCUUGUAACUCCUGCUGUUAAAAGUAUGGCUUGGAUGCUUGGUCUAUGGCUAGGUGACGGUACAACAAAAGAGCCAGAGAUCUCAGUGGAUAGCUUAGAUCCUAAACUAAUGGAAAGUUUAAGAAAACAUGCUAAAAUUUGGGGCCUCUACCUUACGGUUUGUGACGAUCACGCUCCGCUGCGUGCCAAACAUGUGAGGCUUCAUUAUGGUGAUGGACCAGGUGAAAACAGGAAGACAAGGAAUUUAAGGAAAAAUAAUCCAUUUUGGAAAGCUGUCACGAUUCUAAAGUUUAAAAGGGAUCUUGAUGGGGAAAAGCAAAUUCCUGAAUUUAUGUACGGCGAACACAUAGAAGUUCGUGAAGCAUUCUUGGCUGGCUUGAUCGACUCAGAUGGGUACGUCGUGAAAAAGGGAGAAGGCCCUGAAUCUUAUAAAAUAGCAAUUCAGACAGUCUAUUCAUCCAUUAUGGACGGAAUUGUUCAUAUUUCAAGAUCUCUUGGAAUGUCUGCUACUGUGACAACUAGAUCAGCUAGGGAGGAAAUUAUUGAGGGAAGGAAAGUCCAAUGUCAAUUUACAUACGACUGUAAUGUUGCUGGAGGAACAACAUUACAGAAUGUUCUGUCAUAUUGUCGAAGUGGUCAUAAAACAAGGGAAGUUCCCCUAAUUGUGAAAAGACAAGCCGUAUAUUUCGGGUUCACGGAUGAUUUUCAAGGUGAAAGUACCGUAUAUGGGCUUACAAUAGAAGGUCAUAAGAAUUUCUUGCUAGGCAACAAAAUAGAAGUGAAAUCAUGUCGCGGCUGUUGCGUGGGUGAACAGCUUAAAAUAUCACAGAGGAAAAAUUUGAAGCACUGUGUUGCCUGCCCCAGAAAGGGAAUUAAGUAUUUUUAUAAAGAUUGGAGCGGUAAAAAUCGGGUAUGUGCUAGAUGUUAUGGAAGAUACAAAUUCAGUGGACAUCACUGUAUAAAUUGCAAGUAUGUACCAGAAGCACGUGAAGUGAAAAAAGCAAAAGAAAAAGGUGAAAAAUUGGGUAUUACGCCGGAAGGUUUGCCGAUUAAAGGACCAGAGUGUCUAAAAUGUGGUGGAAUCUUACAGUUCGAUGCUGUUCGUGGGCCUCAUAAGAGUUGUGGUACUAAUGUUGGUGCGCGUAUAUGCUAA